GAAGGCGGGACACAUACACGUGACCGAGCGCGUCAGCUUCUCGCAUCAAACUCGAAGCCCAGACGCGACAUUGGGGCCAAGACGGCAGUCGCGAGUCUCGGUCCUCGGUUAGCGUGCAGUCAGUUUGCAGACCGACACCGUAGCGAGCAGACGUGCAUGUCUCUCUCUCUUUCUCUGUCUCUCUCGGCGCUUGUUCCGUUGUUACUCUACCAUUGACACGCAGAGACACCGACAGUGUUUCUCUACUGUCACCUGCUCGAACAGUUCAAGUUCACCGACGCUCGUCUCGAGAGCAGCACCGAUCGCGUGUACCGGAUUUAAAGAUCCUCUCGCGGGUUAGAGGGUGCACUCAGUGAUUCGAUUGCAAGUGUGCCUGUUGCCAGAGCAGAACCGUCGAGGAUCACUGACUCAUUCGGAGACUACUCUGUUGUUUUUUUUCGAAUCGUUCCAACCGUUUGUGUGACUUUGUAAAAGCCGUGCGUUCUCUGGAUUUACCCGACCAAGAGGGACCUCGUCGAGCUCUGUUCGUGCGACGGUGCAACUAUAGCCGUCACGUUGGUUCGACGAACGGGAUUCCCCGCGCACUGCCAGUGAACCCACGGACCCGUGUCCCGCGGGAAAACUGUAUACUUGAUCGUUCGCCAAGCGACGCGUGCGAACCACCGUUUACAAACACUACCGACCACCCUGAACAGUCAAAGUGGAUCUUUGUUCCGUCGGUCGACCCUGCUCGAGAGAAUCUUUCAAAAUUGAUGUACUAAGAAGACAAAUUAUGGUGGCAGAGUUUGUCACCCGUCAGAGUGGAUCACCUAUCAACGGUGAGACCGCAUGUCUGAACGGCAACAUGCCGGCCACCCACACGAUGGCGCACGCCGGACACGGUGCCCACGGCGGCCACGACGCCCACGGUCCGUUGCCGCCGUUGACGCACCCGGCGCACCACGCGGGCCCGAUGCAACAGCAACACCAGCACCCGCAGCAACAGCCGCCGCCCCCGCAGCAGCAACAGCCGCAGCACCACCACCACCACCACCAUCAGCCUCAGCCUCAGCAGCAGCAGCAGCAGCAGCAGCAGCAGACGGCGCAGCAGCAGCAGCAGCAGCAACAGCAGCAGCAACAGCACCAUCAUCACGACGCCCAACAGGUGAUACAUCCCGAAAAUUUCCCCCCGAACUUCGACAUCAGAAAAGAGCUAUUUUCUCAGCGCAAGCAAAGAGAGUUCAUCCCGGACAACAAGAAGGACGACAGCUACUGGGACCGCAGGCGGCGUAACAACGAGGCAGCGAAGCGGUCCCGCGAGAAGCGGCGUUUCAACGACAUGGUCCUCGAGCAGCGCGUGAUGGAGCUCAGCAAGGAGAAUCACAUUCUGAAGGCACAGCUCGAGGCGAUCCGCGACAAAUUCGGCAUCAGCGGCGAGUCGGUGAUCAGCACCGAACAUGUGCUGGCGGCGUUGCCCGCGGAGCCACCAAUCAGCGUCAAGAGAGCGAAGUUGCCGGCAUCAGCGGCGCUCCUCUACGCGAGGACACCCAGUCCAGUGCACACGUCGGUGAUCCAUCAACCGGUCAGCGGUGCCAGAUCGCCCAGGUCCCCGGCACAGCUCUACGUGCCGGAGACCUCGGCGUACCCCGAGUCGGAGAGCUUCCAGUACGCUUAUCCACACCCCGCGAUGCACCUGGACACGACGAGCGCGCUGAAUCUGUCCCGGGGCAGACGAGCACAGUCGCCGUUCGAACUAUCAUCCGGCAGCGGGGACGAGGGGCCGCAGCUGGUGGUCAGCUCCCAGAACCCAGCAGCCAACAACAGCCUGCCGCACAAGCUGAGGCACAAGUCGCGCAUCGGCGACAAAGACGCGGCCAGCGCGUUGCUGGCCCUGCAAGGCAUCAAGCAGGAACCCGGCCCGAGGGCGUCGCCGCCCUGGGACAACGAAGGGUCCAGCGACGAACGCGACUCCGGCAUCUCCCUGGGCGCCGAGUGGACCGGGCCCACGGUCACCGCCGUGCCCGAAAGCGAGAGAGAGGUCAAGUCCAGGCUGGACCGCCUAGCCUCCGAGGUAGCCUCCCUCCAGUCGAUACUUCGUCUUGGUAAACCACCGACGGAGAGUUUGGUACCGGCUCACCAUUCGCUGCCGGCGAACGCCGGCGUCAGCGGCCCGUGAGACCAGAUUGAUCGUCCUCUCCUUCGCUAUCGAGUGGACCAGCGAGGAACUGUUCUUUCUAUCGAUCGCGCCGUGCGCGGCCGUCUUUGCGAUCCGAGGACCGAUCCAAAGAACCCCGAGCUGCAUUGGACGCGGCGCCAGCGCCGACUCAGACGGCCACGAUGACCACGACUAUCCCUGGGCUGAUCACAGAGAGACCAGGAAGACUUCCGGCGUGGACGACGAUCGUUAUCGCAGGGUGCGUAGCAGUCCGUACGUGUUUUGCUACCAGACCUUGCAGUAUUGGAGCCGCCUUGGCAUCGACCAAUAUCGCGUGCAGCAGAACCUUAUCGAUGGGAUAAGCUAGAUCACAGUCAGAUAAGUUAGGUAAGGUAGAUAGGUGUCGGACACCUGGCCCUGGGUGUCUGCUUGCGAUCGGCCAGCUCGAAGCCUGCUUCUUUUCUUUUGUACACGGAGAAUCGAUCGGACGUCGUGGGCAGAGAGCUGGCCGACGAAUGGAAGCGCGAAAGGGGAUCGGUCGAGUCGAGUGCGUCGCAAGCCAAAACACGGGUCUCUCCCACUGUCCACGCCCUAUCGUGACGAUGAUCUAGGUGAUAAGAUUGCGUCUAGGGUGUAAGUAACUUAACGCUGUAAGACUCUCUUAGGUUAUUUCGUUGAAUGCUACUUCCAUCAUUAUCGUUGAUUCGAGCGAAAUCGAUCGUACGCCGGACCUGCGAUUUGUAAGAACGCGACGUUGUCGCGGGACUAGCCUCGGCGCCCCGUCGACUCGAAGAUCUUCGGACGACUCCUGCUAAUUUAACCCGGGACCUAAUCGCAAUCAGAGAUCGAGGAAACGUCGGACGAUGACUUCGAAGAUCUUCGGGUCAGCGAGCCGCGCCGAGCUUCCGACUCCCAUCGGACCACCCUCACAAUUGGUCAUCGCGCAACCGGCUAAUUUCACUACCGCCAGUUGAUCAUUAUCGAUUUGAAUACCUUGCAGGCGCAAAGCAAUAAGCCCGUCCCUGUCGGUCCUUAUUACUCGGUCGUAUUCCUCGCGCGGCACGCCGUUUCCUAUUCUUCGAGCAAAGAAUCCAGCGGAGCCGAGCGUUUUGUGAUAGUCGCGUCGAAAGCUGAUCUUCUUUGUAAAUAGCGUACUCUCGGACC